AUGGACCUCAACAGGGACAUUGACAACGACCCAGAUGAAAUACUAUGGUACGAGCUUGAGCCAGUAAUUCAAGGUUCCAAGUCGUCUUUUGCUCCGACUAGAACUCUUGGAUUUCUAUUCCUUUUGACGGCAGGUAUUGGCGGUUUGCAAAGCGUUUUUGCUCUCAUCUUCUCAAAUGGUUCUGCACAUCUCAAGGAUCUCGGUCUCAGCAAGUCCAUCCAGGCCAUAGUAUGGAUGGCCGGGCCGGUUGCAGGCAUGACUGUACAGCCCUACUGCGGUAUCCGUAGCGAUCAAUGUCGUUCUUCUUGGGGCAGAAGGCGUCCCUUCAUUGCGUGGGGUGCCUUUGCCUCCGUUGUAUCACUGCUUGGGCUGGCUUCGACCAAGAGACUGGCGGUCCUCGCGGUGCGCGUUUGUGCUGGUAGUGGUUUUUCUGCCAAAGCCAUCUCCCAGGAGGCGGCGGUCAAUGUGGCAACGUCAAACAUAACAGUCUUCUUCAUUGUUGCUCUCAACAUUGCUUUGCAGCCAUUACAAGGGGGACUUCGGGCUCUGAUUGCCGACAUGUGUCCGCAUGAGCAACAGCCAACAGCGAACGCCGUAGCAGGCAUCGUUGUCAGUGCAUCGAAUAUCCUUAGCUACGCCCUGGGCUACGUCGACCUUCAGCGAAUAUCUGUUCUGCGGGCUCUAGGAGGCACUUCUCAGUUUGACAUUCUAUGCGUGGUCACGUCGGUAACUCUGGCUGUGUCCGUGGGACUAACGUGCUUGAUUGCCGAGGAACGGAACGCGGCGCCGGGUGACGAUGGACUCUACACUGACUACACAGGAGAGAAGGGCACGAGACAUACUGUACGUGCUCAGCUGUGGUAUCUCUGUACCAGCUUCUCUCGUCUACCCCGACAGGUGCAGCAGGUAUUCAAAGUUCAAUUCUUCUCUUGGCUGGGUUGGUUUCCAUUUCUUUUCUACGUGACCACAUAUAUCAGCGAGACUUACCAUCGCAUUUACGAGACUAACCGAACAGACAAAAAUGAUUUGCCUGCCGUACAAGGCCUCAACAAAGACGUACAGACUAGAGCGGCUAGAACCGGAUCACUCGGACUGAUGCUCUUCGCACUAGUUGCGCUUGUGGCCGGCACUCUAUUAUCUGCUGCUCACAAGCAUGCCAACCAAGGAAAACAUGUAAAUGCCCUUACAAGAGCCUUUACUAGAUUAACUCGAAGCAUGCGACACAUGUGGAUCAUGUCACAGAUCCUCUUUGCUAUAUGCAUGUUUGCCACAGCAUUCACAUCGUCGGUCAACGGCGUAUACCUGCUCGUUGGUCUUUGCGGCAUUAGCUGGGCGAUCACCAUUUGGGCGCCCUACACUCUCAUCAGUGCACAAAUUGUUCAAGACGUGGAAUAUAGUGGAGACAGGAUGGUUUCCAAGCCACUGAUGCAGCAUGAGGAGGACUUGUCAGAGGACGAGGAUGAAGAGGAUCCACAUGACCACGGAAAUGGGGCGGACGACGCCUGCGAGCGGCGCUCAGGUGUCGUGCUUGGACUACACAAUGUCGCCAUAGCAGGACCUCAAGUCGUGGCUGCUGCAGCUUGCAGCGCCAUCUUCUGGAUGCUUGAGGGCUCAUCGAAGGACGGUGUUGGAUGGACUUUGCGGGCUGGAGGGUUGGCCGCGCUAGUUGCUGCAAUGGUGGCGGUACGACUGCAGGAUGCUGUUCAUCAUGAGCCUUCAUUGAACAUGGUGCGCCUGUCGGAUGCAACUAGAGAUUAA